AUGACAAGUUCAUUAACUACAAAAGUACCAUCGGCAAUACUUAGAAUUACAAAUGGAUAUAGUUAUCUAAAGAAUGUAGAUUCGAUGGUGAUGGAUGCUAUUCGUAGUAAACUGACAUUUACAUUACCAAAGGCAAACUUUGUUAGGUUUAAAACGGGUGCACCCAAAUUUAAUCCAUCGGUAUCUUUUAUAACACCAAAGACUGGUCGAUUUGCAACUGGUCUGCUUCCCAUCAUCUCUCUGUACCUGAGAGAAAUGAAUGUCGAUUGUCAACGUAUAGAUGAACGUAAUCCUCUUCCCAACCUAUACUCUAAUUGGGAUUAUUCAAAAGUAUUGCCUGGUGAUGAAGAUCUAACAACAAUACCUUCAACCAUAAUACAAGACACAAAAAAAGGAAAAAAGAAAUCAACUACAACUUCUACAACUACAACAAUUAAAAAGAAAAAGAAAUUAAUUCUUGAUGAUGAUGAAGAACCUACAAGAUUGUUUGAUUUACAAACACAAGAUUUAGAACCAAAACAAGUUGAUGAAUCAUUGUUAUCACCAAAGGUCACGUUACACGACUAUCAAGUAGAAAGUAUCAAUUUUGCAUUAUCAAAUCAUAGAGGUAUCAUUAAAUGUGCUACUGGUGGUGGAAAGACACUUAUUUUGGCUUCUUUAAUUAAAGCUAUUGGUUCAAAUGUAGAAACAGUUAUAUUGGUAACAAAAAGAUCAUUGAUAACACAAAUAUAUGAAACAUUGGUAAAUACAGGAGUAUGUACUCCAGGUAGAAUAUCGACAGACUAUAACGAACCAAAUACAGUCACCAUCGCAACACUUCAAUCUGUACAUAAAAUUCAAGAUCUUUGUAAAGAUGCAAAGGUACUCUUGGUUGACGAGGUUCAUGAAUUUGGUUCACCAACGGCAAAGAAGGCCUUUGAAUUAUUCGAUAAUGCAUAUGCGAGAUUUGGCUUCUCUGCUACACCUUUUAAAAUCGAUAACCCAGUUCACAAUCACAAAAUUACUUCAACUUUUGGUACCCUACUUUGUGAUAUUUCAACAAAAUCUUUAACUGAUAUAAAUAUAUUAUCAAAAGCAAAUAUACAUUUUUAUCCAAUUAAAUAUCCAAUUGCAAAGCAUUUGAAUUUACCAAAAAGUCAUAUCUAUCAAGAUAUGGAGAAUGUAUUUUUGGCAGAGAAUGAUUAUUUGAAUGAAUCGAUUGCUAAAUUGGUCGAUGAUAUUCCAACUGGCAGAAUCAUGAUCCUUGUCAAACGAUUGUCACAGGGUGAUGCACUCGCCAAGCUCAUUCCAUCGGCCUAUUGGGUCAAAGGUGACGACAAUGUCGAGACGAGAGAAUAUGUAUUACACAAAUUGAAAUAUUCAACUGGUACCAAGGUUGUUGCUAUCUUUUCGUCGAUUGGUUAUGUUGGUUUGGAUGUACGUGUUCAUCACUUGAUCAAUGCAAGUGGUGGUAGAGAUCCAAACACGACAUUACAAAAAUUGGGUAGAGGUUUAAGAAAAGCAGAUGAUAAAGAAUUCUUGGAUUAUCAUGAUUUUUAUUUUGAUAUAAAAGUUAAUAAGCAUUUGGAAGCACAUUCAUCUUCAAGAAUCAAUGUUUUAAAAAAAGAAGGUCACUCUUUGAUAAUGGAAAAAGAGAUAUUACCUCCCCCUCCACCUCCUCCCCAUAUCAUUACCAAAACAAACAAAAAACAACAAAAAGACAAAGACAAAGAAGAAGAAAAAGAAGAAGAAGAGAAAUUAUAA